GAUCAGUAGCGUCCAGUAGUGUCACAAGUUUGCUGUGGUGUUGUCAGUGAAUGUUUAGCUCUGUUGAGCGUCACACAAAAUGGAUAAUGUAUUUGUAUUAUUGUUAUUGUUUGUCACACUAGUAGAUUUUGGAUACUGCACGGAAAGAACUUUACGAUCAUCGCUGAAUCCAGACUGUGGCUCGUUAUGUAAAGACAGAAAUUUAACAACAGUUUAUCUAAGAGCUGACGGUCCUAAUGACACUCUACAUUAUUUGUGGGAUUUUGGUGGUAAUCCGUCCAUAUUAUUAGCACUUACAUCGCCUUCUGCUUCCAUCAACAUUAGCUGGGAAGAUUUUAUCGCAAGGAAAAAGAAUUCUAUAAUGUUUACAGAGAAACCUGUUUAUACCUUUGGGAUAGUUAUAAAUAAGAUUAUAGAAUUUAAUGAUGUAAAUGACACAGCAUUAAUAAAUAUUGCUAAUGUUCUAAACACGGACAUUUUACAUCCUAUGUUUUAUCAUUGGGAGCGUAAGGCAAUAUCAAAUGGCAGCGAAUUUGUUACCUUGGAUAUGGAAGGCAAAUAUUAUAAUGAUGCUGCUCUCAACAUCAGCAGACAUGGAACUGUGAAGUUAUCGCUGAGAGGAUUUUGUUCCCUGGAUCAUUCAGAAGUGCUGCCUCACAUGUUGCACACUGAGAACUCCACUCAAGUUGACAUUAUUCUUGAUAACGUACAAACCAAUAAAAACUUUUCCAACAGUAGAUUCGCGAUUGAACUACUAGUAGUAGGCGAAGGAAAUCCUGAUAUACCAAUGUUUGUUGAUCCUAAAAAGAGUUUAGAUGACGAACAUACUCCCGGUAUAUUUGAGGUUGUCGAAGUUAGAACGCCGCCAUAUAAGAGUAUGGAUGAUUUCCGGACCGAAGGAGCUUAUCUACAGUGGAGACCUGUAUCUUAUACGACUGAGUCGCGCAGCGUUUCAAGUUCUACGGAAACAAUACAAUACCCACCAGUGAAAGUAGAUAACCAUACAAUCGCUAUUCAAAACUCAAUGUUGUACUGUUACUAUGGAGACAAGGUUAACGAUUUGCUCACGCAAAGAAUGAUCGUAUCGUUAGGAAUGAAGGGAGAUGGCUUUUAUAAGCAAACGCACUACUCAACAUGGACAUUUUUAAUUGGCUACGGUACGCCACCUAACGAAAAAUUCUCGUACUUGGUGAUCAUGAUUGUUUCAAUAGGCCUUGGAAUUCCACUGAUUAUUUUAUUUGCAACUGGCAUAUACAUGUGUAUUCGAAAGUCGCCCAAUCGGAGUAACACUACUUAUUUAAGUCACUGAAAGCACUCGUCAAUUAUAUUACAAAAUUCUGGCUAUCAGGUGUUCGCUAGGAGUCCGAGCACAUUUAGUUGCAUUUCCACUGUUGAACUAUACAGAGAUUUUCCUAUAUUUAUAUAUAGCACUAUAUUUUUUACACAAAUUUUCAAGUUGGCUCGCGGAUCGACUUGGAGUAUAUAUUAAUGCAAUGCAUAAAGACUAUUCUGUACAAAUUUAUACACGGUUCAUUAAUAAAUAAAAAAAGAACAGACA